GCUCAACCUCACACCCACACAACCACACAUCCAUCCCCACUCCUCACAUUAACGCGCAACCCCCCCUUCCCCCCUCCCUUCUCCUCCCCUCCCAUCCCUUCAGUUUUCACUAUCUCUUCCCUACAGGCUGCCAUGGACUCGCUCGUGUCGCAGUACUCGCGUCCGGCCUUCUCUAACGAGGGCCCGUCGCACGAGGAGCAGCUCGAGCUGUCCCAAGCAGCGCCGGAACUUUCGCUCAAGUUUGCUCUGCCCCCCGUUUCCCUGCCAUCAGCGUGGCUCCGCGCAAUGACUGACGACUACUCGAACCCAAGCUGCCCCAUCAAGAUCGCCCAUGGCACAACGACACUGGCAUUCCGGUUCAAGGGCGGCAUCGUCGUGGCGACCGACUCCCGGGCAACGGCCGGCAACUGGAUAGCAAGCCAGACAGUGAAGAAGGUCAUCGAGAUCAACAACUGCCUGCUGGGCACCAUGGCUGGCGGGGCGGCCGACUGCCAGUACUGGCUGGCCUAUCUGGGCAUGCAGUGCCGUCUCCACGAGCUCCGACACAAGCGCCGCAUUUCUGUCGCCGCAGCUUCCAAGAUCCUAGCCAACCUAGUCUACUCGUACAAGGGAAUGGGCUUGAGCAUGGGAACAAUGUGCGCCGGUGUCACGCCCCAAGAAGGCCCCGCCCUCUACUACAUCGACAGCGACGGCACUCGCCUCGCCGGCAACCUCUUUUGCGUCGGAUCUGGUCAGACAUUCGCCUACGGUGUGUUAGACGCCGAAUACAGCUACAAUCUCUCCGACGAGGCUGCCUUGGAGCUCGGCCGGAGAAGCAUCCUCGCCGCCACCCACCGCGACGCCUACUCCGGUGGUUUCAUCAAUCUGUAUCAUGUGAAAGAGGACGGCUGGGUCAAGCACGGCUUCAGCGAUACGAACCCCAUAUUCUGGAAGACGAAGCUGGAGAAGGGUGAGUUCUCUAACGUGACUGCCGAGAUGGUGUAGCCUCGCCGUCAUACAUGGAGUGCACGAGUGGAGGAGUCGGACUGAGUUUUUGGGGCAGCGACUGCUGCAGUGUAGUUUCUACCUAUGUACUAGAUAGACUCUCUUCCCCAAUGACAAAGGUGACCUUGCCUUUAACAACUCACUUUUC